UGCAUUUUACUUCAAAAAUGUAUUAGCUACAUAUCUAAAAAUUUCUCACAUUCAAAUAUGAGUGUUUCUAAAUCUUAAGUAUUUUAAAAUUACACGUCGUUUUCUGGCAUCGAUAAGAUGAACAAACAAACCAAAGAAUGGUCUCGCGCUGUGCUUUUCAAGCCAAAGGACAAUCUUACGACCGAGGCUGGAAAACGUGAACGCUUCGUCCCAUCCUGCGAACUAGAGGGCUCGCCGGUAUCCAUGCCGCUCUUGAUUGGCUGGGAGUAUGCUCGAAUUUGGCUGAAAGAACGCGACAAAUUUAUUAAGCAGCGGGAACGCGCUGUCAAAGCAAAGUUCAUUAAGAAUGAUUUUGAAUGGUGGCUAAAACUGCGGAAAACACAAAAAAAGUUUUGUAAAGCUGGCGCAUGAAACUAAAAUAUAAUUCAGGUUAUUUUGGCAAGCACGCAAAGUAAACUAUCCAAUAAAGGUAUUAACCUAGCAAAAUAAAUAUUUAUUAUUAA